CCACCAGGAGCAGCAGCGACCCCGAGGAGGAUGAUGUCAGUGAGGAUUCCCUGUUCCAGAUCUUGGACCAGGACGCAGUGAUGAGAUCCAUUGUGGCCUACAACCACCAGUCGCCUGUUUCAGAUAUGCCGCCCAAUAUGACCAGCAGCAUGAUUUUGUCAGCUGACGACCUCAAGUCAGGGGAGGUCAACAGACAGAAUGAAGUCUGGAUCAAACCUGGCAAGACAUACAUUGUGCCUGUAGACAUCGAACAUAAGAACACUGUGCUUCUUUGGGAGUUCACCUCGCAUCCUAAGGAUAUAGUUUUUAGCGUGACUUACAGAUCCAAUGAGUUGAUAUCCAUCACAGAAGCUGAAGUCAUUGUGGCUCCGUGUAAAUGUGAUUCCCACAAACAGACAGUACGAGGAGAGCUGAUGGCCAAACAGGCAGGAAUCUAUACGCUGGUGUUUGACAACACAUAUUCAAAAAUGAUCUCUAAGAAGGUUCACUACAGUCUAGAGUAUAAACAGCUCUAG